GAAGGCGGCAUUGAAACUGCAUGUGGGAGUGAAAGUUUAGAGGGGUAAAACAUCCGUAAGGCACACAGCAAUCUUUGGGGAGUAAAGCGACGAUUUUGGGACUUGGGCAUGAUAUUAGACAGCCAUCUAUAGGUUUCAAUAAAGGAUCAAGAGGAUUUUUUUUAAUCGUCUGUGAUAACCUCUUCAGUCUACUGUCUGACUUGACAGACACCACCAUGCUGGCCCCGUGGUCGCUCCCCUACUGCUUCACCAUCCUGCUGGGCCUGUUAAAGCUGUGUCGAGCCCAGUAUGAACAACUAGGCUACCCACACGGCUAUCCACAGGGCUACCCAGAGCCAGAGCAGGAGCAGUACACUGCCCCGGAGCUGCCACCUGACACACCUAGGAUACAGCUGCGUUUGGCGGGGGAUAAGCGCAAGCACAACGAGGGGCGCGUGGAGGUUUUCUAUGAAGGCGAGUGGGGUACGGUCUGUGAUGACGACUUCUCUAUUCACUCUGCCCAGGUGGUGUGCAGGGAGUUGGGCUACCUGGAGGCUGUCUCCUGGUCUCCGUCCUCUAAAUAUGGGAAAGGAGAAGGGCGCAUCUGGUUUGACAAUGUCCAGUGCACUGGGAAAGAGAAGACCCUGGCACUGUGCAUGUCCAACGGGAUCGGCGUCUCCGACUGCAAGCACACAGAGGACGUGGGCGUGGUGUGCAGCGACAAAAGGAUUCCAGGAUUUAAAUUCAUCAACACCAUGGCCAAUAAUGUGGAGAGUUUAAACAUUCAAGUGGAGGAUGUGCGUAUCCGGGCCAUUCUAUCGUCAUACCGCAAGCGUGUCCCUGUGACAGAGGGCUACGUGGAGGUGAAGGACGGGGGGAAAUGGAAGCAGAUCUGUGAUGCGGAGUGGACGAAGCACAACAGCAGAGUUAUCUGUGGCAUGUUCGGUUUCCCCGGAGAGAGGAAGUACAAUGCCAGAGUCUACAAGAUGUUUGCUAGCAGGAGAAAGCCCAAUUAUUGGGACUACUCAGUCAACUGCACUGGAAAUGAGGCGCACCUGUCGAGCUGCAAGCUGGGCCAUGCCGUGGCAGCGAAGGCCAACAGCACAUGUGGAGGGGGCACACCUGUGGUUGUCAGCUGUGUGCCAGGAAGAGCCUUCUCCCCAACCCCCAUGACUGGCUUCAGAAAGGCCUUCAGGCAGGAGCAACCGUUGGUGCGUCUGCGAGGUGGCGCCAUCGUAGGGGAAGGUCGUGUGGAGGUGCUGAAGAACGGCGAAUGGGGAACCAUCUGUGAUGAUAACUGGAGCCUGCUGUCAGCCACAGUGGUGUGUCGAGAACUGGGCUUCGGGAGUGCCAAGGAGGCCUUGUCUGGUGGUCGGCUUGGACAGGGUAUGGGCCCAGUCCAUAUGAAUGAGGUGAAGUGCUCUGGGUUUGAGAAGUCCAUCACAGAGUGUUUCUUCAACAAGGAGUCUUUGGGCUGUAGCCAUGAGGAAGAUGCAGCCGUCACGUGUAACGUUCCAGCCAUGGGCUUCCAGGAGAGGCUGCGUCUGAGUGGGGGGCGUAACCCAUACGAGGGGCGCGUGGAGGCGUUGGUGGAGAGGAACGGCUCCUUGGUGUGGGGCACGGUGUGCAGUGAUGGCUGGGGAACCAUGGAGGCCAUGGUGGUAUGCAGACAGCUAGGCCUGGGCUUCGCCAGUAAUGCCUUCCAGGAGACGUGGUACUGGCCUGGAGAGGUUAGUGCUGACCCUGUGGUGAUGAGUGGGGUGAGAUGUUCUGGCACGGAGAUGUCCCUAUCCCACUGCCUGCACCACGGAGCUCACCUCACCUGUCCUAAAGGAGGAGGACGCAACGCCGCCGGAGUCUCCUGCUCAGAGACGGCCCCUGACCUGGUCCUGAGCCCCCAGGUAGUGGAGCAGACCACCUAUAUGGAGGACAGGCCCAUGUUCAUGCUGCAGUGUGCUUAUGAAGAGAACUGCCUAUCCACCACCUCCAGCAAGACCCCUGCCAACUCCUACCGCCGCCUGCUGCGCUUCUCCUCCCAGAUCCACAACAACGGACAGUCAGACUUCAGACCCAAGGCUGGACGCCACUCCUGGGUGUGGCAUGACUGCCAUAGGCACUACCACAGCAUGGAGGUAUUCACCCACUAUGACCUGCUCAGCCUUAACGGCACCAAGGUGGCAGAGGGACACAAGGCAAGCUUCUGUCUGGAGGACACUGACUGUGAAGAGGGUAUUGAGAAAAGAUACGAGUGUGCCAACUUUGGAGAGCAAGGCAUCACUGUUGGCUGCUGGGAUACGUACAGACAUGAUAUUGACUGCCAGUGGAUUGACAUCACAGACAUCAAGCCCGGAGAUUACAUAUUCCAGGUUUUUAUUAACCCUAACUAUGAGGUGCCUGAGUCCGACUACUCCAACAACUUAAUGAAGUGUAGAUGUAGAUACGACGGCCACCGUAUAUGGAUGUACAGCUGUCAUAAUGGUGGAUCGUUAAGCACUGAGACUGAGGAGUCCUUCCCUGGGCUACUGAACAACCAGGUGACCCACAGGUAAAAGGAUGGAAGAGAAGAACAGAGCAACCAUCACCACCACAAAGAAACUGCCAAAAUGUCCCCAACCACUAGAUAAAUGAUAGAACAUUCAAAGGUCAAAGGUAAUUUCCGCAGAGGUUGAAUAUCUCUGACAAAAAUCGUUCUUGAACUAUGAACAAGGACAUAUUUGGGAAUACUACAGACUUCAUUGAUCAUGAUCUAAUAAUAGAUUUUCUUUAUAAAGUAAGGGCCUCAUAUAGGCUACUCUCUAAGUAGCUUAAUGACGAUGAGUAUUGAGGACACAGUAUAGUACAAUGCAAUACAUUAGGAUCCAAUAACUAACUGCCAGUAAGUGCAUUGUUGUUGUGAAGUGUUUAACAAACAGAUGUCCUGUGAUGUAGUAAUUUCACCUGUCUUCUAAUUUUAUUUUUCUUUGGAAAUGUAGAUGUCAUUAUUUUGAAGUACAAGGUUGUUACCCUCACCAAUCUUUUAGUCUGUGGUAUAGAUUUCUAUGGUCAACACGCUCUAUCUUUAAGUUAUUCUGUCAUGUUUCCCAUUCUGACAUCUGUAUUCAACCCCAGUACCCGUCCCAAGUGCCUGAGAAGUUCCUUUUCCAAUGUAAAAACUGUGACCAAAUGGCAGACAUUAGUCCACUCCACACCACAACAGUAGUGGCGGUAGUACGGUAGUUAAAAUGGAGGGAUACAACUAAUGCCCCUCAGUGCCUUAUAUUGAGAGAAAUAAAGUCUUUUUUAUUUUC